AUGGCAGCGACUACAGAGGAAUACAAAUUCACUUGCCAGGGAUGUGGAUUAGCGUUUAACUUAGCAGAGGAUCAGAGAACACACUUUAAAUCAGAUUUACAUCGUUAUAAUAUGAAGAGAAGGGUAACCGCACUUCCUCCAAUUUCUGCAGAACAAUUCAAGCAAAAGUUCGUAGAUAAUACAUCAUCAAAGCCAACAACUGUACAAGUAAAGCCAAAUCACGUUAAAGAGAAGAAUUAUAAACCUGCAAAGCCAGCUAAAGAUGUUCAAAUGGUGGAUGAUAACCCUCAACUCAGUGAAGAAGAAAUUUAUCAACAAAGAUUAAAAUCUAGAUUGAGCUCUUUAGAUUGCUUAUUCUCUAAUGAGAAAUUUGAUUCUGUUCAGGAUAACGUGAGGCAUAUGGAACACAAUUUCAGCUUUUACAUCCCAGAUAGGGAGUUUAUUGACAAUUUGGAUGGUUUAAUACAGUAUUUGGCUGAUAAGGUUUCUAUUGGUCACACUUGUUUAUUCUGCAACAGAUCUUUCACCUCUCUCGACUCGAUAAGGAAGCACAUGCUCGAUAAAUCUCACAAUAAGAUUGCCUAUGAUCUUCCUGAAGAGAAGGAUGAAAUUUCUGACUACUACAACUUCGAUGUUGACCACUCUUCUACCCAGAAUGACGAGGGCUGGGAGGAUGAUGAAGAUAUUCAGUCAGGCGACGAGGAUGAAGUGGUCCACCAGGAUGAAACUAAGGAAGAGGGUGAUGUUCACUAUGGUGACACUCCUUUCGAAUUGGUCUUACCUUCUGGAAGGAGAAUUGGACACAGAUCGAUGCAACUUUACUACAAACAAAGACCAAUACAGACUGAACUGACGGAGAAGAAACACGAUAAGCAGGCUGUGACGCAUAAAAUGUCAGACGACAACGCACUCAUUCCUGCUAAAGGUUCUGGCUUCGGUGCGUUCGGCCAGGGCCAACAAAUUAUUCAGGCUCCUCACAAGGGUGAUGCCAAGCUUGCGAAGAAGGCCACAAGACAGGCUAGGGAUGUGCAGAAGAGAGAGCAGUUCAAGACAAAGGUUGGAUACAAACACAACAACCAGAAACACUUCCGUGAUCAACUGCUUCAAUAG